AUGACAUCACAUCUUCCCUAUUACACUGCGAGGAAUCCAUUGGAGCGGUAUAUCCGCGACUAUGUGCCUGCGUGUCGUCUAGACCAUCAAUUUGACAAGGCUCCCGCGAUCAUCAUUCUUCAGAAUGCAGUUGCCACUAAUCCUGAGGAUUCCGGAGACUGACCGUGUACGGUACUACAUGAUCUUCCUGCCAAUUUCGAUGAAGCAAAGUACAACACAUCCACUGGUCCGGUCACUCAGGUCACUCAAAGCUGUUUUACUAUCAGGGUUGACAACCGAUGUCAUCUACUUGCAUCAACCCCAGUAUGUUUGGGACACAAGUAAUUCAAGCGUUACUCAUACCACGUCGACUACUUUGGAAGGUUUCAUUACCGGUCUCCGCCUAUGGAAUAUCAGUGCAAACUGUGGUAUCAGUACGCUGGUGGUGCAAGAAUAUGCGGCCAUGAUGAUGGAAGCGGAAAUAGGAGCUCCUCGGGAAGCGGCUUUCUUCCUUCCAUCCGAAUAUGCCCAGGACCUAGGUCUAUCAACCAAAUGUAUACGAGCUUCUUCAUGGACUGUAUCUGUUUCUAUAGUGAUCAAAGAUUCGACAAUCGGAGAAUGUCCAACUACUGUGACUCAUCACUGGGGUUGCCAAAUAUCAGAUGAUCAACUCGCAGGAGCUUUUUCUUUUAUUAUAGGCCACGGGUAUGAUACCCCGAACCACCUCUCUUCCCGAGUUAAUGGGACAAUGUCCAUAUCGACGAUCAGCUGGACUAAGACGUCGCUGACAUGGUAUGAUUUUUAGUUAUUCUCGUUAUAGUAGUGUUUGUUCUCAGUUGUAUACCUCUCCUUUCUCUUGUUGAUUUAUGCAUAUAAGUAGCGCACGAAGCUAAGCUUUAGGUAGCUGGGAAGUGUGCUUUCAUGCCAUCGGCGGAGGACACGACGUGAAACGCCCGCCGUUUGUACUGGAUAUGCGAAUGCCCCUAUGAAUGCUAUACAUGUG